UUCUACAUUUAUUAAAACAUCGAUGAAAACAUAUAUUAUUGAUGAAGUCGAGAAAAAACGUAUCGCAGAUACUUUUCCUGCCCUCGAUUCUUAAUUAUUAUUUCUAUUUCAAACUUUUUUCUCGAAACAUUGGAAAUCCUUCGUUGAAAUUGAAGAUUUCUUUAUCACGCAGUUUUAAGUUAUCUCUAUAAGAGUUUCGAUUUUUUAAAAAAAACUCUAUCUCGUCCAAUUUAUGUUCUUUUUUUUUAAUUCUUCUAUCGACUUCCACCCUUUUGAGAUGACUUUUCGGCCGUUAACGCGACAUUCGCUAACACUGUACGAGUUAACAGUGUGCACGAAGAGUGAAAGAUAAAGAGCAUGUUUGUGAUCGAUACGCAUUUGUGUUGGAGCAGCUGUUACGAUUGGGGCACGCGUCCCAACGGUCGCAGCAGCUGCCCAGAAAGUUAUCUAUAGUACCCUCGACUGGAGUUCUUUUACGAUACGCGGCAUGAUAAUCUCGAUUUAUUUAUCAAUAAAUUGCAUUUUUCGCGUCUACUUUAAAAAAAAAUAAAACUUCGUAGAUCGUUAAAUUGUCGUGAAUUUUUAUCGACUCUAACGUAUCAAAUGAAAUUAUUCCAUGCUCGAUUUUACUCGUUUAUCGCGAGAUCGAGUUUUCCAAUACCCUCCAAUGUGCUCCGCGAUGUUCAACUUCGAUUCGAUUUCACAAAAUCGUUCGAUCAAUCGAAAUUCAUUUGGAGCGGGAUUUAAAAUUUAAAUGUCGCGGAUGGAGCGGGAGGGGAGCGCAGCAAAGGUCGUAUAAAUUCUUGAACAUACUGUAGAGGAUAGCAGUAAAAACAGGAAAACGUUGGAAGGGAAGUACUAUAGGUGGCAGGGCCCCCACCCUGAGAUGUGACACCGUGUCCGUAUUAUGCGAACCCUCUGACAACCCCUCAGGUAAUGUGCCGCACAUAUACGCGCGUGUGCACUGGAGAAACGCUUGGAGAAACGCCCUUCGUACAUCUGCUCUUGAGGGAACUCAUGUGGCAGUUUGUUGGGAGCAACCGUGGUGCACGGAUCGAACGCAUUUUCAACAUUGGACUUUCCCCCAACGGGCUCGUCAAUUUCGUUCAACGGCAAAAGUUGCAAAGUGAAGUCGAAACGAAUUUCCCGCAACAAAUUCUUUUUCUACCUGCCUCUUUAAAUAUCAUCGGAAAAUAUCUUCGUCGGAAGAAGGUUUGGAAAAUUUGGACUGGAGCGUCUCGAACCCGAGACUUGCUAUUCUUCGUGUAUCGUGAUAUAAUCGUGAAGAAAUAUUUAGAGGAGAAAUAGAAAUCGAAAGAAAAUGUGCAAGCCACGCCACGUUCCCGCGCAAGAGAUCAUCGUCUCACCACCUGCACGAAUGGUAACCUUCUCCCUCGAAACUUGGACAUCCCCCUCCUACGUGAGCACCGCUUUGCUGAUUCUCGUGAAUCAGAAACACCAAUAAUCGAAAGAAAGAUUCGAAAUCAACUUACAAAUGUGCGCGUCUCUCUAAAUAAUAAACACUGACUACCAUCUUCGCGUGCCAAUAAUAUAAAUAUGCUUCUAAUAUCUGUCGCAACGUAAGUAUCGCGUAAAGUUUCGAACACGUAGAUCGAAAUUAUUCUAAUUAAUUGCGAUAAAGCUUGCGAUAAAAAAUGGCGGAAAUAUCGGAACCGGCCCCCGUGCACUGUUACACAAAUCCCUCGUUUUGCCGGCAAUCGGAAUACAUACCGGAGGAUCAGGCCGGUGGUGGUGGUGACCUGCCACCACCGCCUCAAUUUCAAUGUGGCGGCGAGGAUCUACCACCGCCGCCUCCACCGUUGCAAUUGCAAUGCAACGGUGGCCAGACGAAUCCCGCGUUUCAAGAAAUCGGCGAGAACAGGAUCAGAGAGAAGUGCGGGGAGGCAGGUGGAGGCAGAUAUCGUUGUUACUUGGACGGUAACAGCGUUAACAACUCGGCGCAUCGAAGGUAUGGAAGCGUUCCGAUGGAGGAACACCGCUCUAUAUACAAUCAAAGUUCAAGGUACGAGUACAUAGAGGACGAGGAGAGGAGUCACGUUCAGAGAAGGGGUUCCCUGAGGUACGAGUUCAUUCCGCGCCAGCAGGUGCAACAACGUUCCGCACCGGCGGCCAACCAAGACGACGGGCGGGAACCGCAGAUGCCAAGUUGCCGGAACAACGGUGGAAGAUACGCCGUUGUACCGGGUGAUCAGGAUUACCAGGACGAAGAAGGCCCGUGGAACACGGUGAAACGCGUGUCUUCGGCGAGGGGGCAUAUCAACACGCCGCAAGGCCGUUAUAGCAGGGUGCCCUUGCAAGAAGAGGAACCGCCGGCUCUACCGGAACGAAACGGUCAGGAACUGUCCACCUCGCCCAAGAAUAACUUGGCUACGCAAAAAUUGCACGAGAUAUUAGCCACACCCAGGAAGCCAGCUCGAUCGAGAUCCGAGGAGAGGACCUUAUCUCCAAAGAGGCAAUACUCGUUCAAUCAAACCGGUACGCCACAAAGAAGAGCACUCACUCCAGGUGGUUCUCCGACCGGUCGAACGUUCAGCCCUACUCGUUCCACGCCACAUGGAACUCCACAAAAUCGUACAUUCAACGGGGGGCUUCACACUUCCACCCCGAACAAAGAGUCAUCGGCACGAAGAUGCCUACCAUUAUUGGAAAACCCGUCCCGCCAACAGGAUGUUGUUUGCCCGGCCAGCAAUUGUGGAAGGCUACGUUACAUUGGCACAGCUCCGGUCGACCUUGUAACGAUGGGUCAUGGUGACCCACCGCCUCGUUACGCAUACAUGGAAAAUGGACUAGAAUCUAUGCCGAUGGUGUCCGGUUCACCGAGGUAUCAAGUAAUACCUGCUGGACAGAAAAGAAACGGGUAUCAAAGCGUGGAAAGUGCCUUCAUCGCUAGAACCGCAGUUGUUCCACCGCUGUCACCGCCGAACAGCGACGCGAACACAACCUUGGCUAGCGGUUUAGAGAAGAAUGAUAGAAGAAACGCGCCGUUCUUGUUGGUCUUGGUUGGAAUUCUAACCUGCGGUUUGGCACUGUACUUGUCAUGGACUCAAGGAAGAAGGUAUUAUUACGACAGUGCGGCGGGUUGUGGCGCCUGUUGCGCCUUGGCAGGCGCUUGCAGAACGUUGAGGAAGACUUGGACAGGACUUGGACUCGCAGGAUUAUCGGCGCUCAGUUGCGCAGGGCUUUUGUUGCUCGCCGCCAAAUCUCCCAAACCCGGCACUCCUCUCCACGAUGUCACGGCCGGCGCUUUGUGCGGAGUUUCUUUACUCGGUGCCGUUUUGGCUCUGCUCGCGCUUCUGUCACCAAGGUGUAAUUUAGGCCGACACAGAAGAGUGCAUUCUUGGAUACCUCGUCUUUCGCCUUGAUUUCGUCAGAUUCUAUUCCUCU